ACGAAGCAGCUCAGUGGGCGCAUCGAUCAUGUCGUCAACCUCAUAGGCGACAUAGGUGUUUUCAAUGCGCCGGACACGAUCAGUAGCACGAUGGCCGCCAUCAAGACAGACAUCACCAAGCUGCAGACGAGACAGGACGCCACUACGAAGAACUACAAGAUGCCGCACUUCGACAUCAGCAAGUUCGACGACCACAACAAGACGGACGCUUUGGCAUGGUGGCAACGUUUCCUCACGGAAGCAUCAUGCCGCACUGUCUCGGACGACUAUCUGAUGAAGGCGUUAUACUUACAGCUGAUUGGAGGAGCGCAGGCAUGGAUGAACCAUCUGGCGGCUACCCACACAUGCACCAUCGCCGAACUUCACACGCACGUUACGUGGAAGGAUUUCGAGAAGCUAUGGUUCACCCGUUUCAUGGUCCGCAACGUCGUGAAGGCGACCAUGAACGAAGUGUAUACCUGCUCUCAAGGGAAUAUGCCAACUCGAGACUGGACAACUAAGUGGCAGAAGAUAGUGACCACGCCAGGCUUCGAUUUGAGUUUUACCAAUCAACGAUCCGAGUUCUUCUCGCGAUCGUGCGCAAGACUGCGAUCGACACUCGGCAACGAUUACGAUUACGAUUCAUUCCAGGCCAUUCUGGAUCGUGCAAACUUGGUCAUCCAAACGGAUGACAAGGCCGCAAACGAACGGCAGUCCCAGCCGCAUUAUGUGGCUAAGCAUGGCUAUCAACGUCCGGCACACAACAAUGCCAAGAUUUCUGAAGAAACAGACGAUCUCCACGCUGCAGCAGCAUCCUCGAGUGAUGGAGGAAUUGUAGCAGCGCUCCCGCCGAAGCGUCCCAAGAGAGUUCGAAAGAACAAGGCGACACAAGAGACGACAUCGACAGGAACUGGGCAGCAGCCAUGGGCGGCUUACAAGAUAACCAAGGAUGUCUAUGACCUUCGUCAAAACGUCCUCAUCUACCUCGAUGACAUCUUGGUCUAUAGCAGGACGUUGGACGAGCACAUCACACACCUUCGCGCUGUUUUGAAUCGUUUGCGACUGGCCAAGUACAAAGCGAACCGCGACAAGUGCGAGUUCGCCAAGCAAGAGCUUGAGUAUUUGGGCCACUAUGUUAUGCCGAAAGGCAUUCUUCCCUUAGCGGACAAGAUCCAAGCCAUCGUGGAUUGGUCGGAACCCCGUUAGCUACUCGCGUUCGUCACCGUUCUCAAACGGUGGCGCCACUUUCUUCUCGACCGUCGGCGUUUUAAAUGGAAUACGGACAACAAUCCGUUGACCUUUUACAAAACGCAUGACACGGUCACGAGCACGAUCGGUCGAUGGAUGUAUUACAUCGACCAAUUCGACUUUGACCCGUGCCACAUUCCCGGUCCCGCCAAUCGAGUUGCGGACGCCCUAUCGCGACGGCCCGACUUUUAUGCCAUUGUGACCACGGCAUUCGACCUCGAUGACGAUCUGCAGCAGCAUUUCGUCAAAGGCUACAAGUCCGAUCCGACUUACUCUACGCUUUAUGCAGAACUUUCAUCGGAUCACCGGUCGGCUAGCCAUUAUCAGAUUUCCGACGGAUUCCUUCUCCUUCACACGAGAGGAAAGGACUUGUUAGUUGUGCCCCAAGAUCGCAUCCUACGAACUCGUCUUCUCGGCGAAUUCCAUGACGCACGACUUUCGGCACACCUUGGCGUGAACCGCACGUUAGCACGCCUCCGCCAGCGUUUUCACUGGCCAGACGUCCUUCAUGACGUCACGAGGUACGUUGAGUCAUGUGCAGUUUGCCACCGCAACAAGGGUCGAUCUCGAGUCCCCUUCGGCGAACCGAAACCGUUGCCGAUUCCUCGGGCACCGCGCCUCUCCAUUGCUAUGGACGUGACAGGCCCGUUUCCCCGCGAUCGCCACGGCCAUGACAGUAUUCUCACGGUCGUUGACCGUUUGAGCAAGUAUGCUCGCUUCCUUCCUUGCAAGUAUCAUGCUGCAGCACCCGAGCUCGCACGACUCUUGCACACUGGUUGGAUUACCAACCAGGGUGUUCCGGAAGACAUAGUGAGCGACCGAGAUACUCGCUUCAUAUCGACCUUUUGGACUUCCCUCAUGGCUGAGUCCGGUACGACUAUGAAGCCGAGCUCGGCUCGGCACCCGCAGACGGAUGGCCAGACGGAGCGAGCGCACCAGACCGCUCAGAUGAUGUUGCGUACGCUCAUCCGUCCCGACAAGAAAGAUUGGGUUGACCGGCUUCCCGACAUCGAGUUCGCCUACAACACUUCGGUGCACCCGGCGAUCUGCGUCACACCAUUCGAGCUACAUCAAGGUGGAGAGAAAGCACGGAUCUUCGCUGAUCUCCUUUUGCCACAGGCUGCCGACAUAGACGUCCCUUGCUCUCCCGCUUCCGUUCGGAAGUACCGGGACUUGCUGAUCAAAGCCCGCGCAAAUAUGCAAAAGGCUCAGAUCCGCAUGCAGCAGCAGGCUAACCGACGUCGACUUCCAUGUCCCUUCCGCGAGGGAGACCUUGUUUGGGUCCUCUCCGAGGAAUUUGCGCUCGAGCAGGACGUUUCGCGCAAACUCCUUCCGAAAUGGUUCGGACCAUGGGAAGUCACUUCUGUCGUUGGAGACGACCCCGCAGGUCCUCCCUUCGUGAUCAAUAUUCCACCGCACCUUACAGUGCAUCGGGUCUUCCACGCAUCGAAGCUGGCCAUCUACACGCCACCUUCAGUUGACGAGUUUCCCAAACGUUGAUCACAGGAUCCGCCUUCCAUGGACGGACAUCAGGAAGUGGACCGAGUCAUCACGCACCGCAAGUAUGGCAACAAGCCAAUGAAGUAUAAAGUCACAU